AUGGUGGAACGACUCGCAGCACGAGAACUUCGGGCUCAUCUGAACGACCGCCUCGUGAAAGGUGAAUUUACAGAAGACCAGGACGCAUUGACGAUCCACCUCCUGCAUGGACUGGCUUACACGGCCGGCUCUGCGCUCGGCUCGACCCCUCCGACGCAAGAGCAGUGUCUCUCCGCAUUUCUGGUCCCUAACAAAGUUGGCCUUACCGCAGGAGCACGCGCAUGGUCAAAACAUGCGCACCGGUCAGGGGGCUCUGCGGACUCUGUCGUUGAUGACCAGGAGAAAGAUAGGAAGGCAGCACCUUCGGGCUGGUGGGGCACGCCGAGAGGGCCUAUUGCGGGCAUUAAUGAACAUGCACUCGUACUCUUCCGGAAGAUCAUGGGCGAUGCGAGUUGGCGCAACCUUCACUGGCUUCCACACGGUGUACUCGUGUACGAGGUGCGCGUCCCCGAGGGCUACGGGAUGCGCUGGGCACAGGACUUGUCAGGCCUGCUGGACGAACAGGAUCGGACGCGCGUGAGGGUAGAGUGCGAGGAAAGGGUGAAGGGUCGGCCGUGGAUAUUUAGAGGGUUUGUCGAGCCAAUGAUGGAGAAUGGGCAUGAGGUCGGUUGGAGGCAUUGA